AUGGGAUUUAUACUGAUGUAUGACAUCACAAAUGAGGAGUCCUAUAAUGCUGUCCAGGACUGGGCUACACAGAUCAAAACCUAUUCCUGGGACAAUGCACAGGUCAUAUUGGUUGGAAAUAAGUGUGACAUGGAGGAUGAGAGAGUGAUACCUACAGAGAAAGGAAAGCACCUAGCUGAUCAGCUUGGUUUUGAAUUCUUUGAAGCCAGUGCCAAGGAGAAUAUUCAAGUGAAACAGGUUUUUGAACGCCUCGUUGAUAUCAUCUGUGACAAGAUGUCCGAGAGUCUCGAAAAUGAGCAUGCGGCGGCCAGUGGAGGCAAAAACCUGCGCUUUACUGAUUCCAAUCCCCCUUUACAACAAAAGUGUUCAUGUUAA